CACCUGAGCAACCAUAGUCAUAUAAACGACACCUGAUCCAAGAGGGACUAAAUCAAACACAGAUUGUGUUCACUAUUAGGAAAGCCUCUGUCCACCAUCUUUUCACCAUCACUGCCAUCAUGACCUCCAGUAUCUCCGUGCACACAUACUCUGGAAUCCGCCGACCUUCUUUUUCGAGCUCCUCUUUGCGAGACGGAGGCAUUCGGGGACGCUCUAAAGCCCCUGUGCUCUCUUCAGUGAGCACACUCUCACUCUCCCGUUCCAUGUCUGUGGGCAACGGCCUCAAUAACCUGAGCAACCUUUCUCUAAAUGGGACCAGUGAGAAAGAGACGAUGCACCGUCUCAAUGAUCGACUGGCCAGCUAUCUCAGCAAGGUGCGCUCUCUGGAGAAGUCCAAUGCUGACCUGGAGCUGAAGAUCAAGCAGCUCAUGCUGGAAAAGAUGCCUAAAAGUCAUGACAUAGAAAGCAUGAUGGCUCAGGCACAUGCUAUUAGGCAGGAGGUAAGGAAAAAGACACUAGAGAAUGCUCACAUUAUGUUGGAAAUUGACAAUGCUAAAUUGGCUGCAGAUGACUUCAGGAUUAAAUGGGAGUCAGAGGCUGCUCUGUGUCAGUCAGUGGAGAGGGACUGCGUUGCUCUGCGCAGGGCUAAACAAGAGCAUGACCAGAUCAUCACAACACUCAGGGGAGACCUGGAGAGUCUAAAAGAGGAGCUGUAUUUCCUGAAGAAGAACCACGAAGAGGACAUGAACACACUGAAGGCCCGUUUGGCCAAUGAGCAGGUGAAUGUAGAGGUGGACGUGGCACAGGGGCCAGAUUUAGGAGCUGUCUUAGCUGAACUGAGGGCCCAAUAUGAGGGCAUUGCUCGGAAAAACAAGGAGGAUGCUGAAAUAUGGUACCUAAAGAAGAUGGAGACAGUGCAGUCAGAGGUAAAGGCGAGUAAUGAAGCUCUACGAUCUGCUCAGAGUGAGCUGACUGAGAGACGCCGCUUCCUGCAGGGGCUUGAGGUAGAGCUGGACAGCCUGCGUAAACAGGUUAGUGUUCUGGAGGAGAACCUUGGAGAGACAACUCAUAAAUACAGCAUCGAGAUGGAGCACAAUCAGAGAACGCUGAUGCAGCUUGAGGAGGAACUCUCACAACUACGUUUGGACAUGCAGCGUACCAAAACCGACUAUGAACAGCUACUGCAGGUCAAACAGAACCUGGAGCUAGAGAUUGCCACCUACAAGAGACUGCUGGAAGGAGAGGAGAUGGUAAAAGAGACUCCAGCACCUAAAAAAGUACCUGAAGUAAAGACACGCAAGAUUGUAAAGGUAGUCACCCAGACUAUGGUCAAUGGUAAAGUGGUGGAAGAAUCAAGUGAGGUGGAGCAGUUCGAGGAGCGCAACAAGUGAAUCCUUACUGCGCCAUUGUAAUAAUGAUGGUGUUUCAUUACCAUACCAUAUCAUGGUGAUAUAUUUGACUGUAAUCCAGGCAAUAUCUAAGUAGUAAAUGAAGUAAAUAAACAAUACAAU